AUGUCGCCCCCGGCCGCCGCCGCCUCGGCCGCCUCCCCGGGGCCCGCCGCCGGCGUCCUCGCGAAGAGUCCCACGCUCACCUGGACGGGAGGGAGUGCGCGAUGGAGCGGCCGCGCGCAGCCCCGACGGCCGGGACGCGACGCGCGCAGCCCGAGGCCUCUCUUCCGAAGCACAUCCCUGUCUCUUCUCCGUGGGUGUGCGUGGAGGGGCCGAUGGAGCCGGGCCCGCACCGGCGACCAGCUUUUUAACAGCGCCCGCCCGGCCUCAGAACCGCCCAGAGGAGCCGCCCUGGAUGGACAGAGGGCUGAGGGCCGAGCAUCCAGCUGGUCGUCCGGCUGCCCAGCAGUCUCCGACGCCGAGGCUGCCCGUCCGCUGCCCGCCUGCCUGGCAUCUCUUGAUCCUCCCGGAUCCAAGCCAGAUACCACAUUGCUUUUCGUUGUCCUGUCUCCGUCUCCUCCCCCUGUGACAGUUCCUCAGGACCGCGUCUGGCUCAUCCUCGCACCCCAGCACCCACAAGGGACUCAGCACCCCCCAGGGCACCAGCGACUGUCUGGCCCGAACGCAAAGCUUGGGCAGCAGCCUGCGUCCACCCAGCAUGGGCUCCGGCCGCACCCGUGGGAGCCUUUAAGGAGGUGCCACCUGCAAGGAGGCCCUGGAUCCAGAGGCAGCCGCUGGCCCGAGGCAUCUGGGAGCCCACUCCUCCCUCUGCGCCCCCAUCAGCGACCCCAGGAUGCUCCAGGAAGUGCUGCGCUCACACCCGCCCCCACUCGCCGGAGAAGGCACCAUUGUGUCCGAAGGGUUAAGGAGGGAUGCAAGGAAGGGGCCCUUUAG